GCGGCGAGCGAGGCAGCCGGAGCGUGGUGCGAACUGUGCACACACUCACACACCAAAAACCCACCCAACCCCGACAGCUUUUUUUUCCACCUAACACCCAAGCAAACACAAACCAAAACAAAUAGGGAGAGGGAAGGGAAAAAAAAAAAAAAGAAAAAGAAAAAGAAAAAAGAAAACCCAACCAAAAAAAAAAACCAACAAAAAAAAAAACCCAAACCCCGACCGAGCGCAAGCGAGCAAGCGAGCCAGGGCAGAGGCGAGCAGGCGGGCUCGGCCGGCCGCUCGGGGCGCGGAGCAAGAGCCAAGCCCCCGCUUUGGGCUCCUCUCGCCCCCCCUCUGCGCCUUCCGCCCCCCCAAUCCCACCCUGCACCCCGACUAUGCUAAAUGUUGCUGGGGAGCUCUCAGGAGACUCUUGGGGGAUCUUCACCUUCCUGUGCGCCGCGCUCUGCAACCUGCCGGCGCUGCCCGCCCUGAACUGCACCGAGGAGCUGGGCGCCGGCCAGUCCAUCCAGAAGACCUACGACCUGACCCGCUACCUGGAGCACCAGCUCCGCACCCUCGCCGGUACCUACCUGAACUACCUGGGCCCCCCCUUCAAUGAGCCCGACUUCAACCCCCCGCGGCUGGCCCGUGCCGAGCGGGUGCCCAGCGCCACGGUGGACUUGGACCUGUGGCGGGGCUUGACCGACAACGCCCGCUUGGCCGCUAACUACCGCGCCUACAGCCGGCUGCUCUGCUACCUGCGGGCGCUGGACGGGCAAGCGGGUACCGCCGAGCUGCGGCACCGCCUCGGUCACUUCUGCUCCAGUCUGCAAGGUUUGGUGCUCAGCAUCGCCGGCGUCAUGUCUUCCUUGGGUUACCCGUUACCCACAGGGCCCGCCGGGCCCCCCGCACCCCCCGGCACCCCCGUGGCCCCCAAUGAUUUUCUGAAGAAGAUGGAUGAUUUCUGGCUGCUGAAGGAGCUGCAGACCUGGCUGUGGCGUUCGGCCAAGGACUUCAACCGCCUCAAGAAGAAGGUGCCGCCCGCUGUGGUCACGCUGCGCCUGGAGGCGAGGGGCUUCUGAGCACCCCCACCACCACCCCGACGCCUCCCACACACACACCCCCCCCCCGCCUCACCGGGACAGGGAUGGGGCUCCUCACCUCGCCGGGCCACCGCACGUCCCCACCGCCACCUCGCUGUGCCUUGCGGGAUGGGGCCGCUGACCCAAAGUGCCACCACCGCCACCCCACAGCCCCACCAUCACCACGCUGUGCCUUAAGGGAUGGGGCUCCUGGCCCCAAAGUGCCACCGAAGCCACCCACAUCCCCCCUCUGUCACCAGUGUGCCUUAAGGGACGGGGAUUCUGACCCCAAAGUGCCACCGAAGCCACCCACGCCCCCCUCCAUCACCAGCGUGCCUUGAGAAAUGGGGCUCCUGACCCCAAAGUGCCACCGAAGCCACCUCACGUCCCCACCGUCCGUGCCUCGAGGCAGGGGCCGGUGCCACCAGGGUGUCCCCGUGGCCAUGCUGUGCCCACCCCACCGGGGUGCCCCAUCCCCUCGGGACCGUCCCCACACCCGUGGGGCUGGGGAGGGCAGCAGGCUCCUCCCCCUGCCCCACGGCAGCAAUAAGCCCCACCUCCGGGGGGCUCCAGACUGGGUGCAAGCCCCGCCCACCCCUGAAAGGACCAAUCCCCCAGAGCGUAGGAUUAAGCCCCGCCCCACCCAGCAGCAAGCCCCGCCCCAGGAGCAAUAGGCUCCACCCCUCCCCGGACGGCAAUAAGCCCCGCUCACCAGCCAGUGUCGCAAACCCCGCCUCCUUCCCACAACAGGCUCCGCCCCCUGUUGCCCAAGCCCCGCCUCUCCCACGGUUGCCUAGCGACCCCCCGCCCACCAGGCCUGAGGGGGUGGGGCUCUGGGCUGCAGUGGGCGGGGCUGGAGGCGGGGCCCCAGGGCCGCUGUCCCGGUGCGUCUAUGAGUGUUUAUUUAUUGGAGAUGUUAUUUAUUGGGGUAUUUAUUGCAGAAGAUCUAUUCUUGUAUGAACGAAUAAAAGCCUUUCUCCAGCACCCCUGCCCCGCCCGCCCGUGCCACACGGCGGAGGGGCCCGAGGAGCCAGCGCCUGCCAUCAGUAGGGACCAGGGUGAACGGGUAGCUGG